AUGCAAAACCUCAUCCACACCUUCAUCGACCCCCUCCGUGACCGCUUCGCCCCACUCUCCCACCAGUCAACCUUCCGCACCACAGGCCAAAUCACCCCCGAAGAGUUCCUCGCAGCAGGCGACUUCCUCGUCUACAAGUUCCCGUCCUGGAGCUGGGCCGAUGCAGCGACACCGGAUCGUCGGGUCAGCUAUUUCCCGCCUGGCAAGCAAUAUCUCGUCACCCGUGGAGUGCCUUGUCGGAACCGGGUGAAGGAUGGGCUUGGAUUGGGUAAUAGUGGCGACGGUGACGACCAGGUGGUGAGGGAUAUGUUGGAGGGACCUGGCGAGGAAGCGGGAUCGGAGAAUGAUGGGUGGUUGAAGGCGGGGUCUGGGAGUGGGGGUAUGAGCAAGAGUGCGGAGUUGAGGAUGAAGGAUGUGAGGACUGUGGAUGAUAAUGGGAAGACGGAGCAGGUGGAGGAAGACGAGGAGGAGGAGAUCCCGGAUAUGGAGGAUGAGGAGGACGAUGAGGAGGCUAUCAUACGUGAUACCAAGACUGGGAGAGGCGAGGAAGGUCUACGAACAUACACCCUCUACAUCACCUACACACCCUACUACCGCACCCCACGCCUCUACCUCCUCGGCUACCACGCCGCCUCCAAUCAACCACUCCCUCCUAUCAGCAUGAUGGAGGACAUCAUUGGCGACUACAAGGACAAAACAGUAACACUCGAGGACUUCUCCUUCACCUCCCCACCCAUCAAAACUGCCUCAGUCCAUCCCUGCAAACACGCCAGUGUCAUGAAAGUCCUGCUCGAUCGCGCCGACGCAGCCUUGAAGUUGCGGAUGGAGAAAUUGAAGCAGGGCGGAAAAGCUAGUAGUGCCGGUAUGGAAGGGCUAGUGGAACAGACAUCCAGCUGGAGCCUGGACAAGAAGAAGCCAGCGGACACGAAGGCAUCUACUUCUGCCUCGACCUCAGGAGCUAACCAAGGCGGCGACGGCGAAUGGGAAGUCCUAGACGAAUCCUCCGACCAACCAGAAGAAGUCGCUAUCCGUGUGGAUCAAUACCUCGUCGUCUUCCUGAAAUUCAUGGCAUCCGUGACGCCGGGCAUCGAGCACGAUUUCACCAUGGGCGUGUAG